AUGAGCGAAUCGGAGUCUCUGGGUGGGAGCAGCGCGUCGACGACGACGACGGCCGGCAGCGACGAGUACACCAUGUCGCAGAUUUUCGGCACCGCCGGACGUCCGAUUCCACUCUCGACGUUCGCCGGCGUCGCGAUUCCAAACUCUUGGGGAUCAGCCGUGUCGCAGCCGAUGCUAGCCGGCUCAUUUGGCUUGGCACCGACACCACCACCAGUCAUUCAGGAGAUCAUCAAGUGCACGCUGUGCCUAGAACCGUAUCGUGAUCCGAAGGUUCUCGCGUGCUUCCACUCGUUUUGCAAGGGUUGUCUGGCGAAACAUCUUGAGCAGCCGGAACGUAUCAUCUGCCCGCAGUGCAACAUGGAGACUCAGUUGAGUGUACAACUCGGUCUCGACUCGCUGCUCACCGACUUUGGUCUCGAAUCGGUGAUGAACAAGCAGCAGCAGUUGUUCGCCAACCUGGCACUGUCCGAGAAUGGAAACGGAGGCGCCCCAACACCAUCAGCCGCGAUCCCCGUCCCCAACGCCCACCUCCGUCCAUCAAUGGUGGCUGGCUCGGAUCCGUCCAACCCUGUCGUUGGAUUCGGAUUCAGUUCCCCCACGUCCUCCACCUCUGGAUCACCACCAUUGAGCGAUUCGCCUACGAUCGAGGAGCAGCAUCAGGCACAAAUCGCCGCCAUGAUGCAAGGACUCCUUAACAACAAUGCCGCCGUGGCGCCUGUGAUUGCUCCGGUUCCAGCGGUUCAUUGCAAUGGAUGCAAGUCUAAUGAGACGGCAACAUCGUUCUGUCAAGACUGCAACGCGAAUCUGUGCGACAAUUGCACAAUGGCACACAAGUACAUGCACUGCUUUGCCGAUCAUCGAGUCGUGGAGCUCACACCAGCUGGAUCGUCGGCGUCCUCCACGACGUCUUCUACACCAAGCAGCUCCGACUCGGAACGCAGUCAGUUGUUGGCGUCGUUGGGUGGAAAACACUCUCCACAGGCAGCCGCUGCGAUGAUGUUACUCGGGAAUGGAAAGCGGCCAGUGCUCUGUCUCCAGCAUCGUGCUUCGGAGCUCGUCUUCUUCUGUGUGACGUGCAAUUUGGCGAUCUGCAGAGAUUGUACUCAGGCGGACCAUCCAGCUGGAACACAUCAGUAUGAGCUGAUUUCAGAUGUUGCUGACAAACAGCUGCUGAAAAUGGAGCAACUCAUCGCCGACGCGAGAAACAAGCACGCUGACAUGCUGGACAUGUUUAAGCAGGUCGACUCGAAGCAACAGAUCCUGACGGCCUCGCUGCACAAUGCUCACGCGCAGCUCGACGAAACGGUGUCCACGCUGCUCCAAGCGAUUCAGGAGCAGAAGAAGCAGCUGUCCAAGGAGAUUGAUAACGCGUUUGCGGCGAAGCAGGUAAUCCAACUCACAAUGGUCGACAAACGGAUUCAAUCAAUGGCCGACAAGCUCUCGCAAACCAUCGAGUUCUCCCGACGCCUCAUGUCGUUCUCGUCGCCAGCCGAGGUUAUGGUGUUCAAACAGUUGCUCGACACUCGUCUUCAACUAUUCCUGGGCUUCAAUCCCGAUACCAGCGGAGUGCUCAACACGUCGUGCGAAAUUGAGUACCUCGGAGCCGCCGGAUUGUACAGCAACUCGUCCAGUGCAGUUCAACAGCUUCUCGGAAGUGUACGUGGAGGAAAUUCCAAUCCUAUCGCCAUUCCAAAUGACUUCCUGAUGCCAUCAGCGCAGACUGGAAUGCCGCCAACGCCAAUUGGCAGAGCCCCGGGAUCAACUCGUGGCAUCCAAAUCGAGCAGAACGGACUGUCCCGCUCGCCACCACACCACGUCGCCGCGUCGCUUCCAAUGAAUGCCUUCUCGGAUUCCAACCUCCUCCGGCCGAACAAGGACUUUGGAGGAUCCUCACAAUCGCUUGGACCAUUCAGUGCCCUUAACGGAGCCGCCGCCAGCGCUGAUCCAUUCUCAUCGCAAUACGAUAAAUGGAGUCUUGGAGUUGAGCCAGUUGGAUCAGUUGGAGGACUCCUCGAGGGAGGAAACGUUGAUGAGGAGAAAUUCCAGACGCUCUUCCCACCAUCUCGCUCUCAGAUCAAACGACAGAAGAUGAUCUAUCACUGCAAGUUUGGAGAGUUUGGAGUCAUGGAAGGCCAAUUCACUGAACCAUCUGGAGUGGCUGUCAACGGACAGGGAGACAUUGUCGUCGCCGACACGAACAACCAUCGUAUCCAGGUGUUUGACAAGGACGGCCGCUUCAAGUUCCAAUUCGGAGAGUGCGGAAAGCGCGACGGGCAGCUGUUGUACCCGAACCGUGUUGCCGUGAAUCGUACCACUGGAGACUUUGUCGUCACCGAGCGGUCGCCGACUCAUCAAAUUCAAGUCUACAAUCAAUACGGUCAAUUCUUGCGCAAGUUUGGCGCCAACAUUCUUCAACAUCCGCGUGGAGUGUGUGUCGACAACAAGGGACGGAUCAUUGUGGUCGAGUGCAAAGUGAUGCGAGUCAUCAUCUUUGACAUGUUCGGCAACAUUUUGCAAAAGUUCUCGUGCUCUCGCUAUCUGGAGUUUCCCAACGGCGUGUGCACCAACGACAAGAACGAGAUUCUGAUCUCGGACAAUCGUGCUCACUGCAUCAAGGUGUUCUCCUACGAGGGACAAUAUUUGCGUCAAAUUGGUGGAGAAGGCGUCACCAACUAUCCGAUUGGCGUUGGAAUCAACUCGUUGGGAGAGGUGGUUGUUGCUGAUAACCAUAACAACUUCAAUUUGACUGUCUUCUCGCAGGACGGCACAAUGAUUGGUGCCCUCGAGUCGCGUGUCAAGCACGCUCAAUGCUUCGACGUCGCCCUCGUUGACGAUGGAUCGGUGGUUCUUGCCUCGAAGGACUAUCGCCUCUACCUCUACCGCUUCCUGCCAGCAUCGCCAUCGACAGCCGCCGCCGCUGGAACUGGCCAGAUCUAG